AAGAUCACAGUAAGUGUUAGUUUGUGAGUUGUCUGGACUACAACAAGAACUGCACAAAUCAGUGACUAUUCAACCUGUCCUCACAGCACUUGUAUAUUGAUGCUGGAGUUGUGACACAAGAAUGCUGAAAUGGCUGUGCUGUGGGAAAGACAACAGUUGCUGCUACAAUGAUUUGUCAGAAGAAGAGAUACUGAGAGAAGAGGGCACCCUACCAAGACCCCUAGUUUCAGGUGAGGCAAGGAAUGAUGUACCAACUUGCCAGGAGUUUCAACAUGGAGUUCCUGCAGUGGAUACAUUGGAAGACCCAGAGAAAGAAACGCCCAAAGCAAUAGUUAAGGUUUCACAGAUACAGCUUGGCACAUCAUCAACAGCCGGUCAUUCAAAGAACUUAAAUGAAUUUGAAAAUUGUAAAAAUUCCCAAGAUCAGAGUUAUGAUACUGUAUCUGAAACAUUAGCAGACUUAUCACAUUCUGAGGUAAGCAGCUCACCAACACAGAAAACCACUGCUAACACUAACCUUGUAGAAACAAGGCCACAUCAGCCUUAUCAUGGACUCUUACCAUGUAAGCAAAAUAUAGUAAACAUUAUGACAUUUAACAGUGAAGAUGAAAAAGCAUCUGAGGAAGUACAAAAUAUUGAUAAAGAAAAAUUGCCACCAUAUAAAAAAGUGCAAGGAGGCAAUGUUGAGGUUAUGACUGAUUGUCAACAUGAACCAAAUCUGGCCAAUACCAAUGACAAAAAUGGAUGGGUGACAAAUUUAAUCCAAAAUACGAGUAAGCGGCUGGACAAAAAAGAUGUGAGCAAUAAAAUAUAUGCAGAUAUAUUGCCUAAUCAUAGUCCUGGUAAGGUAGAAAGUAAUGCUAUAGACCUCUCUUCCUUUCCAGAAGUAGACAUUGAUUGCCAAGAUAUUAGUAAAAUAUUAUGCAAGACAGUUGAAAUUUCUAAUCAUUUCAUUUGUCAAGGGUUGUCUUGUUUAUACAAUCACAUGGGCUAUUUAUGUAAACUUUCUGGUAAACUGUAUAUCUUGACAACUGUGUUGAAGACUCAAGUACUGGUUAACACUGCUGUACAAGUAUCAGAUGGCAUGAGAGUUGGAUGUAGGCUUGUAUGGAAAGGGACAGUACCAAUUCCAAUCUUUGAACUUCCUGACCAUGCUUGUGUACAAUUUGAUGCAGUUGUGUUGCCAAAUACAAAGGCAUUCCAUACCAUAGUUAUCUGGCAGGAAGAGAAGCCAGACUUUGUUACUGAACCACUUAAUGAUUCGUAUAUAUUUAUUGAAAGCCGUGAACUUCCUGUUUUACGUUUUGUUCAUGAAAAGACCACAUCUUAUAUAGAAGUAAAAUUUGAUGAUAAACUGGUUAAAUCAGAGUUUUGUAAAGAUUUAAUUUUUGUAGAUGAGAAACCAGCAAGUAUAUCAGAUAUGUCAGUGUUUAAAGGUACAGUUUUUGCCAGAGUAUGUAAAAUGAUGGGUUGUGAUGCAGUGGGAACUCUCUCUUACAUGUGUUACUGUAUUUGGUCUGGCAAGAGGCCACCAAGAGAUUUCUCACACAUGGUCUUUAAGAAGGGUGAAGCGUACAAAAGGGAGCCAAGUGGCAAGUACAUUCAAAAAAGUGAAUUCCAGCGAUUGUGGUGUGAUAUUCCCUCACAACUGAAGAUAAACAAUCUAGAAUUCUAUCUUAUGCUUUGUGUUAAGGAAAUGAGAUUAUCAAUAAAUGUGGCCAAAGAAAAGUUGUGUUGUCAGAGCUUCAAAAUAACAUCAGAUUCUACACUUAAUAUAUCAGUGAAGACACAUAUAAUGGAAAUUGUAAAUAGAGAUGAUAAAUCUUGGGAAAUUCUAUUGGUCCAGCUACCUCAUUCUGAAAAUGGUCAACUUACUGAAGUUUUCUCAGCAUGUACUCCGACGACUAAAGCACUUGCUUCGUUUGCUCAGGAAAGCCCCUUGGCAAACAAUGAGUCAGCCCUACAGAAAGGAAAAUCCACCUUUUCACUGCCAGUACCUCACAAAAAUUUAAAUACAAUAUUGGGAAAUCCCCAGAGAGAAGAGAGACAAGCAGCAAGCAGAGAUGUGGUACAGGCAACAUCUGCUAGCGACUCCUCUUCCCUGUCAUCACAACCAUAUGAGGGUGGUAAUUGUUCCAUGAAAACUCAUAAAAACACUUCUGAUACUGAUACUAUUGAAGUAGAAGAGUGUGUCUGGCACUUUGGUAGCAUUUCCCAAGGAGUUAUUACUCAUUUUAAUAAAACUAUUCUAAUAAGGCAUGAUAGUUUUUUUGUAGAUGGUGUGAGAGCUCUUUCAAGUGAUCCUCUAGCUAAAUUUUGUUCUAAAAUUGUCUUAGUGAAUGCGGUCAUCAAACCACUUCCUGUUCCAAUAACAGUCCUAGGAUGUACUGUGACUCACAAAGCUUUAGUGGCAUGGCAGGGCAAUAAACCAUUUGAGAAUAUCCAUUCUAAAGCAUUGCCAGACUUGAGAUAUAUUGAUCACAACAUACCUGUAACAAAAAAUUUUACCAUUCAGAAAGACAGUCUGUUCUUUACAAAUGCUGCAUGCAAGGAACCUAACAGACCAAGGACAGAGAGAGGAUUUAACAAUAAUGCACCACCCCAUAGACAUGUUUCUUACAUAGGUUCAUGUACUUGGAAACUAGCAACCAUAUCUCUUGGCAUUGUUGCAAAUAGCACAAGUGUUAUUGUUAUCAAUCACAAUAAGUUUUUUGUAGCUCAAAAGAAAGUUUCAGCUACUGAUCCUUUGGUGAAGUUCAAGGGUAAUUGUAAGUUAGUGAAUGUUGAGGCAGCAGUGUUGUACCCAGCUCGCACAGUGCUAGGUCAGACUGCAUCUCAUGAGGCUGUGGUAGCCUGGCAUGGAAAGAAGCCACCCGAAGCACAAGCCAUUGUUAAUGAGUAUCUUUUAGGAAAGCCUACCAACAAUAAAUAUAACAAUAUUCAAAUAUGUGUGACAAAAUCAGACAGAUAUUUUCUCUUAAAAGGUAAUGAAAGGAGUUCUAUCCCUAUGUGUUUCCCUCAUGCACAGCUGUGUAAAAGCUUUAACAGUCACUUUAUUGCAGAUGUAUCAGGAAAACUAAUUGAAGUUGGAGAGGAUUAUGGCAUUCUUAGAAUUCGUGGUAAUUUCACAGAAAAGGAAGCUCUUGUUGUGAUCCAUCGAUCGGUAAUUUACAUUGAUAAAAAAAAAGUCCUCAGUGACAGACCUUUGGAUCAACAAAUUAAAAUCUCUGGUCCUAAACAGUUUCAUUGCUCAGUAAUGAAACAUGUUACUAAAAUUGGAAAUACGAACAUACAGUAUAAAGCAACUUUGGUUUGGCAAGGCAAGAAACCAACAAAGGAUGAUAUUUGUCUUCAAAACUCCAGCAAGUUUUUACCUACUACCACCAAGACAGACUUGGAAGGGAGAAGGAGCACCACCUCUUCCUCUUUUUUGCCUGAGAGUACAGGGAAUGAAAGCUCCAGUAGCACAAACAUUAGUAGCUCGAGUGAAUCCCUGGUAACACUCCAUACAACUGCAUCCACUGACAUGGGCCACUCAGUCUACACAUUAUUAGAUGAGACUGAAGAUGAUGGGAUAUUGACAGAUGCACAGGUGACGGAGCUACAGAAAAUGAUGGGUAGACUCCAGGUACGAGGAGGAGAAUUAUACUACUUUAACUGCAAACAUAGCUUCCUCUUUGGCAUCAGGCUCCACCAGGUAGAGCUUUGUCAAGUCCUCCACGUAGGUAUGAAUGUAAAGUGCAGACUGAAGAAACAUAAUGAUCAACUGUGGGCAAUUGAAGGUGUGUGGAUAGGUGGGAAGAAGCCACAGGACCCCUGUGCCGGGUAUGCACUUCUGCUCCAGUGGUGUCACAAGCAUAAUGUUCCUGAUGAUGCUGUGGACAGUCUGGUCAGUAACAGGCAUACCUGCUCAUACAGACUCAUUGUAUUAUGCUGUAAUUUAUCAUUGUAUUAAGCUGUAUGUAUUAUUUGGAAAAAUUAUCAUCAUAGUGGUUUGCAUAGUGUAAUAAUAUAAUUACAGUCACUAGUUAGACAGCUCAUCAGUAAAUAUUGUGUGGCAAAAAUAAAAUAAUCAGUUACAGUAGUCUCCAAACACAGUAUGUAUAUACAUAGUACUGCAUUCACACUCUUUCAGUAGAAAUAGAAAAACAUCAACAACCACCAGUGUGUUAUUUGUUAAUACAACCUCUCCUCACUUUACGACAGAGUUCCGUUCCUAAUACCUUAUCGGUAAGUGAGGAGCAUGCUAUAAUGGUAGUGGGUUUAUGUCACCCAUCUUUGAUAUUGUUUUAAUGUCACCUUUGCACCAUUUAUAGCAUUUCUGGUAUAUUUUUAAAUGUUCAUACGGUAGUGUACUGUAUAUUGUAAUAAGCAGAUUAGAGGAAAUCAGUUCUAACAUAUUUAGGUAUGAAUACAGUGGACCCCCGGUUAACGAUAUUUUUUCACUCCAGAAGUAUGUUCAGGUGCCAGUACUGACCGAAUUUGUUCCCAUAAGAAAUAUUGUGAAGUAGAUUAGUCCAUUUCAGACCCCCAAACAUACACGUACAAACGCACUUACAUAAAUACACUUACAUAAUUGGUCGCAUUUGGAGGUAAUCGUUAUGCGGGGGUCCACUGUACUGGUCAGAGAGCCUGUCGUAAGUCUGAGUCAUCGGUAAAUGAGUACGUCGCUAAGUGAGGAGAGGCUGUACUGUAGCAUGUCUGGUAAAAGUUGUUACUUAUAUUGUGAAAUGCAUAUUGUUCAU